UUUUCCAAACACUCCCAUUUAGUCCCCGCCUUUUUUCUUUUCCUUUCUCGCCAAACAAACAGACCAACCCAAACUCAUGGCCUUCGCCCCCGAAACCCCCGAUCGCAACUCCACCAAGCGCACCACGGCCGGCCUCGUGGCCUCCGUCCUGGCCUUCGCCUACAUGUUCUCGAAGCACGCGAGCCGCGUGUCGAAGAAGCUGAAGCCGACGCCGGCGACGCCGAAUAAGCCGAGCUGGAAGACGGCUCCACCGUCGCCGGCGCCGACGAGGAAGCCGAAGAAGCUGCUGGCGACGAUCAGCAACAAGGCGAUCACGCUGGUGAACAGGAAGAAGAAGGCAGAUCACGAUGAGAUCAUGGAGGACGAUCAGGAGGAGUGGGGCCACGGCGGGGUCUGGCAGCGAUCGAUCUUGAUGGGCGACAAGUGUCAGCCGUUGGAUUUCUCCGGCGUUAUUUACUACGAUUCCAACGGGAAGCAGCUGAGCGAGCUGCCGUUGAGGUCGCCGAGAGCCAGCCCCUUGCCUGGAUAUCUCGACAGAGCCAAGCACUGAAAGUGAUACGUCACCCGCUGGUGAUACUUUAGUUCUGUCACCACCACUGAGAAAUGGUGUUGAUGAAAUGAUUUUUUUGGCUCUGUCACCGCCGGCGCAAUUUCGAUGGAGAGGAACGGAAGACAAAGUCGACGGCGUCGUUUACUUUUUUUUUUUUUUUAAAAUUUUUUAAAUUGUAGUUUGAGUUAAGAUUAAAAUUGAUGUGGUGUGAGUUUAGUGGGUGGAGAAGGAAAUAGGCGGGUUGUGGGCCCCUCCAUGACUAAGUCGUGUGAUGUGGAGGUCACUUAUAGGCUUUGUUGUGUACACGUAUGUAUAUAUUAUAUAUUCAUAUUAAAUUAUAUAUAGAAAAUUUGUUUAGAUAGAUAUUUGAGUGCUUUAAUUUGGUCGAGUUCAAUAAGACUU